UUUCUGUUGGUGCUGAUAAUUAUUCACUAGUAUUUUGUUUUGCUUUUUCUGCUGUGGUGUGCACUUAGUGUUAUAGAUAAUGACAUAAGGGAUUGUCUUUCAUUUUCAUUAUCAGUAACGCACUGAUUUCAAUGAUGGGUUGAGUGAUAUUCUAGUGAACUAGAACUUCCAAACAGAUUUUACAGUUUUGAAAAAUGGAGACUAUUAAACAAAUUCAGGACGAGUUUCUUGUCUGCCCAAUGUGUCAUCAGCAAUACAAAGGACCGAAACUUCUCCCAUGUCUCCAUAGCUUCUGUAGGUCCUGUCUCACUGAAAAUCUAGAAAAAACGACAGGAAAAAAUCUCAGACCAGAGGUCAAUGGUAAUUCGGAGGAUAAUGCAGUGUCGAAAAAUUCCAAGCUUUACAACUGCCCGGUCUGCAAGGCUGACAUACAUAUCAGUAUUCCUUCCGGCAACAACAACACGGAACAGUGGGCUGACCUUUUUCCGGACAAUAACUUCAUUCAAAACAUGGUGGAAAAAAUAGAGAUGUUUACAGAAAAGAAAAACUGCGAGUCAUGCACUCGUGAUGAUGACGAAGACCAAGCCACGGCAGAGGUUUGGUGUCAGACGUGUAGAGUAGCCUUUUGCGAUGCCUGUAUAAAAGCUCACAAUAUUAUCAAGGCUUGUAGAGAACACCAAGUUAUGCCACUCAACAACAUGCGUCAGGACCCGAUACAAAGUAUCAAGGAAAACAAGAAGGAAAUAUCGUGCCCCUAUCACAGGGAGAAGAUAAUAGAAUACUACUGUGUGGACUGUCAUGUCACGAUUUGUUCUUCCUGUGUAGCAAUGCAGCACAGAAGGUGUGAGAUAGUUGAGACAAUUAGAGAAGCCGUGCAGAAACUGACCCCCGAAAGGGAUUACAUCACUAAAGAUUUAGAACUCCAGUCGAAUGUUCUAGACGAAUGGGAAAAGGAGCAUGUUAGGGAACUUUCUGACCUAAAGACGAACAAAGAGAAUCUUAUCAAGGAAAUGGCAGGUCUUCGUAAAAAGGUGAACGAGGUUCUAUUAAAUCUGGAGAACAAACUCGUGGAUACUUUGGACCAAAAGCAUAAAGAUACCAUUGUGGAAGUUAAUGACCGUUUGAAAGAUGUCGAGGAAAUGAAGAAGACUUUGAUGAACACCGCAAGGUUUAUGGAAUACUUGACGAAUUUUGGAAGUGAUUCUGAAUUUGUUUCUGUAUUUGACGUGAUAAAGGUGCAAACAGAUGAUAUGAGGGCGACAAUUCAAAAGGCUAAAACCAACAAACUCAACACCAGGUUCAAGCUCGCACUUGAUCCUGCCAUACAGAGGGUUUUAGAAAUGAAAUCACUGGGGAAAAUUGUUGAUAUGGUGGACUUGAACGCAAACGGACUGAAGAAUUACCAGCCUGUUGAAAGGAGUUCUUCAAUAAAACGUACGGGAACAUUUCGUGUGGAAAGACCUUGUCCACCUCCGUCCGCCAUGCAUUCAAGCUCAUCUGCGUCCUCCACGUCUAACGAAUCAAUAAGUUCGCAAGAAAUGGCUCCAAUCAGACCGAGGAGGAAUCAGCCAAUAAAGCCGAGUUUGCGAGAAAGCAUGGGACUCAAAAACCCAAGAUCAAUAGUUGAAAGUCCAUCCACUGGGAGUGGAAGAAAGACACCACCGGUUAGAUCAGGAACAAUGCCAAGGACAAUUAGAGUGCAAAGACCACAGAGUGUAACUAGAACGAAAUCGUCAGGAGGGCUGGAUGUAUCUAAGGAAAAGAGUGGUGUAGCGAAUAUACGAGCUACCACGCCUGCAAGUGUUCGCGACCGACCAAUUACACCAUCUUCGAGACUGACAGGUGUGCUCUCCCCACGUACAUCCAGGAAAGAUGCUCCCCAGCCGCCACCCCGUCCAAAGUCUGCAGGAAGACGAGAGAGCACUACAUUCAAAACGCCAUCAAAAGAAGAUUUACCGAAAGAGGAUCACAAUAAAGCAACCGCAGAAACUAAACCACAAGUGCCACUCAAAUCAAAAGGUCUCCCGCUUAUGUUUUCAUUUAAUGGAAGAACGGAUGGAGAUGCCAAAAAGUGUUGGCCGCUAGAUGUCGCUGUUCUUGAAGACGGAACUCCUGUUAUAACAGACUUCCAUAACAAAAAAAUCAAAGCCUUCGAUGCAACGGGACGAGUGAUGGGAGAGAGCGCUGUUCCUAGCUGGCCCCAUGGUAUUGUGGACGUGUCUAGCUGUGAGUUAGCGGUAACUCUGCCAGAAUUAUCUACAAUCAUGUUCGUGGUUGUUCAAGAAACCAGCAUGCGCAUACGGAAAAGAAUCAGAACAAGCAAACAGUACCGUGGUGUGAGUUGUGACGCAAUUACGUCUGGAAAUCCGUCCCUCGUUGUCACGUGCUGUGCAGCAGGAAUGCAAUGCGUUGACGUUUUAACACUUGAUGGCGUUCUAAUUCAAACUUAUCGUGAUGAUUACAGACACAAAGGACAGCUUCUUUUUACAUGGCCAUACUAUGUUACGUGCAAUACACAAGGCGAAGUUGUUGUUUCAGAUUGUCAAUCAAAAAACGGUAUUAUAUGCCUAUACCGGGAUGGAAAAGUACGCUACGAGGCUAGUUUGAGUCAGGACAUUAUCAAAGACCCCCGGGGUAUCUGUACGGACAGAUUCGGAAAUAUAUUUAUUGCUGACAAAACGGGCAAUGCAAUACACUGUCUCAAUAAUGAAGGACAGUACAAGUCUGUCCUAAUCAAUGAACCAGAUGGCUUACAAAGCCCAAUAGCGGUUUGUCUAAGUCCAUUUGGACAACUAGUGGUCACGCUGGAAAAUGGUGACAUCAAAGUGUACAAGCAUAGUUGAACUAACGCCAAAUUACGACAAUGAUUUUAUUUUUAAUAUUGGACUAUGCGAAUUAUAGAUGUAAGAAAGAUAACUCUUUUUUAUGAACUGUGACUCAGUUAGCAUAUCUACUCUAAUACCUAAUGUCACAUACACGAUAUUAAAAGUUACUGGAGAAAAUUAA